AGUAGGAAAGCGGAUUCUGGCAAAGGCCGGGAUAACACUAGGUAGACGAAGAAGUUCUGGUACCAUUGAAUUGAUCAUAAUAAUGUACGAAGUCAUUAAUUAAUAGUCUGGACCUUUUUUAGAUUUAGUUUAGUGUAGUUUUAUUUUUGUAUAGUCUGUAUUUAGAUUAAUUGUAAUUUUAAGUUUUUAUUUAUUAUUUCUGACAUGUUUUUGUACCUUAUUUAUAGUUGAAUAAAAAAAAACUCUAUUAAGAACAGUCAGAAGUACGAGUAUCAUAGGGAUCAUCAUUCGACGCGAGAGGUAUCGGGCCUAAUUCGAACAAUGCUUAUGAAAUAUCGCACCGAUACGAUACUGAUCUGUCAGUAACAAAAGUGAAUUUUCUUUAACCAAAAACACCACUUUUGACACUGGCAGAUAAAUAUUGUAUCGGUGUGACAUCUUGCUUAUAAGAUGUUCGAAUUGGGCCGAUGACUAUCUCUUAACGUGAAAAAUAUCUCGCUCGUAUUUGUAACUAUAGCAGUUGGGUGUACCGAGAUGCGCUGUUAAUGGUGUCAAAAUAAGACCAAAAUGAGAUCUAUUUGUAAACUCUGAAUAUGAAUCUUGACUUUUUACAAAAUGUAUAGAUUUAGAUUAGAUUACAUUUCUUUAUUUCACUAUGAAAAUUACACUAUAAAUUUGCUACAUUCGUCAAAAGUAUGUUUAUCUUCUCAUCGUGAUCGUCAAACAUUACAUUCUAAAAUUCCACAUUUUUACAAUCUAAACACGCUAUCGCAAGUAAUAUGAUUAAUUAUUCUAUUCAAACCAUAUUAAUACGAGACAUUUUUUUUAUUAAAAAAACCAUAUCCAAUCACCGUAUGGCAAUGACCGUAGACGGCAUUGCAACAUACCAUUGACCGCAUCGCACCACGUGCAGCGCGAAACUUCCUUCCUCCAUCCCCCUCGCACCCACGCGAACCCCAUUUCCCGACCAUCCCCAUCCCUAUCUCGUGAAAAACUGUAGGGCAGGAUGCUUCGUUUCCUCAGUUGACGUCGCGUACUCGCGACGAACGGACGUGUCGAGGGGCGGCGAUUUUGUCCUGCAUAUUACGAUACGUAAACUAGAUUUGCAUAUGGUGUGCUUAUAACUUUACUAACUUUGCCGGCGCGGUGCGAUCAACUUUAGAUCCGAUCUCGUCCGAUGGACCGCAGUGAAUUUUGUACGAAACGGUUCGUUUAGUGCUAAAGUGAAUUUUAGUAGUGAGUAACGGUAGUGGCUACAUUUAGAUUUGUGUAGUGACAUAGUGAAGUGUUGUGAAUAGUGACAUUGUUUUAUGGAAUGGAAAGCUAAAGAGCCAUGGAGAGAAGGGAAGAGAUACAUCGACAUGGGUGCAGUAUCGCCAAGCAGACGAUUUUGACCACGCACCCAAGCGGGUUGCAGACAAGAGUGUCAGUGGAACUGGCAAACUUUGAUGCUUUAUGUAUGCAUUCUGAAUGUAAAAGUCCGGCGAAAAGACCAAUGUGGGAAGGUAGCCCUUUCCUAUCCAGGCGAGUUUUAGGGGGGGUUUCGGCUCACGGGACUCCGGUGCUUGGUCGGAGGAGUGACGCCGUGAACGAGGGGCGACUGUCGCAGCAAUGUACUCCUGUGAUGAGGAGACGGGAGGUGGACAGUCCGGGAGGGUCGCCGUUGCCGGUGAGGAGGGCGGAGGAGGUGGAGAGUGAUGUGGAUAAUAGUGUCAUCAGCGGCUGGCUGAAGUUUCGGGAUAACAAGCGGUGGAAAUCAAGAUGGGGCGUUGUGACGAAACUCUCACCAGCCGCAGACUGUCUCCACCUGCAACUAUACCGCGACCCAAAAGAUCGCUUCAAGAAAGGCCAAACAAAGGCUUCGCUGUCCCUGCAGCAGUUCCUGGGCUUCGAGUCAGGCUUCACCCUCGACAAGGAGUCUAACACCAUCGCCAUUAUCUGCCAGGACGUCAUCGUGGUGCUGGCCUUUGAGACCAGGGAGCGACUAAUUGCUUGGCAGGUGAAAGUGGGCAGUCAGCUGGGCUCGUCGAAGGAAUGGCUCGUGAUGAUCGGUGGAGGCUCUCGCAAGCUGCCAGCAGGUCCGGCGAGGUUGCAUCUGCAGGGCAGACGGUUCGCCCUGGCCAGCGGGGUUCCUCCACGUUUGCUGGGUCUUUGGGAACUGGCGCAUUUGAGACGCUACGGGGUGGUGGAGGGGCGGUUCUGCUUCGAAGGCGGUUCUCAUUGCGGAAAGGGUGAAGGAUUGCACGUCCUCAUCACGGAUCAAGCUCAGGACAUAACCGAUGGCUUUGAUACUGCAGCUCACGGGAACCCAAGAGGACCAGCGUCUAGGAAAAGUGGAGGCGCUGACAGGAAUCGUCCCGAGACCCGAAUGUCAGACUUGAACGCUGACCAAUCAAUACCAGACACUGGUCUUUAUGAAGAAAACUUUUUCGGAGAGGACUGUGGAGGAGUCUCACCCUUUUGGCCAUCGGACGAGAGGCGAGGCUUCGAUGACCAUAAUUGCAAGGGAUGUGAAGAAAAUACAAGGCCUCCGUGGAGCGGGGCUGAUCAUGUUACCUUAGAAAGAUGCAGCAAUUGUGUGACUAAGCUAGGCACAAUGACUCGAUCUUCAACUGUUGCACUUACACCUGGCACUCAGUUCAACCCGGCUUGGACGAUGGAAGCAGUACCAGAAAGUAGCUCUGACAACUCUUCAAAUAGCACAGAAUAUUUGACUCCGCGCGCAAUAAGAAAGAGCUUGGAAGCAAGUCAGAAUAAAGAUUGGGCUCCACAAAGGCCGCCUAAGCCUGCAAGGCUGGAAGAAAUAAAAGCACCAGCUCCUUUACCAGUCACAGCGUGUAUUUGUUCGAGUGACAGAAUUACAACGGCCAUUAUUAAUAAUCCAAAAGUUGGACCUUAUGAAAACUAUGAUGUUCCUAAAGCUACUCAUGUUGAGAUGGAACCUACAAAUGAGUACUACGAUACACCAAAAAGGAUAAAAAAAGCUCUGGCUGAAGAUCUUUUUCAAGUCACUAAGAAUUCAGUGCCCGGAAAUUUAGUACUAAAGAAAAAUUGCGGAUGCAUUUUAAAAUUUGGAUCCAAAAAGAAACCGGUUAUAGUUGAAUGUGAUGAAAAUAUCCAGCCAGUUGAAUGUCCCUGUCAAAAAGUCACAAACUGGGCAAAUAACUUAAUAAGUCUUCCUUAUUGUAAAAGGAGUGAGAAUUAUGAUAAAGUUAAUACAGAAAUUCUCACCAGCCGGAAAUCAGAGGAAAUGGCCCUUUACGCUACUGUUGAUGUGUCACGUAAAACAAAUAGACAAAGUUCAAUAGCCGAAAAAGAGAGCAUGCAUGAUUGUAAUGAAACACCAUUAAUGAACUAUGAAAACUUAGGGCCAAAAGGAGAAGAAUUUGAAGAUCCAUACGCCAACUAUGAAAAUCUUGAAUUCGCUUUAUCAUUAGAGUAUUAUGAAAAUGCUAAAGAUUUGUUGAAGAAAGCUGGUGUUACACAAAAAGAAUUGGACGCUUUAAGUGCCAAUGUUGAUUUUUCAGAAAUCGCGCUCCCACCUAAACCAAAGCAUUGUGCAAAAUGUGGUCACUCAGCAAAACACCAAAUUCUGAAAAAGAAUAAAAGUGACGAAUAUUUACUUAUGGAACCUCCCAAAGAUAUCAAGCGAGACUUAUGUCGAACAACAGGGCCAAACCCAGGUUACACCCCAAUGUCACCAAAUCCUAAUUGGUCUCAAAGCCUAAGGCAUCCACUGCAAAAACUUAACCGAGUUGAAAUUGAAAAAUCUUUGAGUAUACCAGCGCUCAACGGUGGUGCGAUUAGGGUACAGAGUUUUGAUACAAAAUUGAGUAAUAACAAUAAGGAAGCCAUACAAAAACGAUCUAGCUCAGUUGACUCAGCAAGACUACUUGAAGACCUGAAGGAAUUCGAUAGUAGUAUCGGCAGUCACGCGACAUCUUCUUCUUUAGAAACUUUAAGGAACUUAGCAAUUGAAAAUAGAAGAACAUCAUCUCCUUGCGACAACGAGAGAGACUGCUGUGAUCAUGACUGUUGCAAGUCAUCUGAUUCUGAAAACAAAACCUCAGAGGGUAGUUCUAAAGACGUGCCUCAUUUGAGGAAUAAACACAUGGACAAUGCCCAAAUUAAAAGGUCUUCAAGCGUUCCGUGCAAGUCCGGAGGCAACAGGGACUCAUCGAGUUCAAAUGAUUCGGGAGUCUCAAGUUGCUCAAUGAAACAUGGCCCUGAUUUCAAUGAAUUUGAGACACCACUGACGUCGGGGCAUUCUAGAUAUCAGUACAUGGCGCAGAGGAGAAUGAGAGGGAAUGCUACAGGCUGCAUACAUUCCUCUUUGCCCAGGAAGUCAAAGUCUUCAGAUCCGCUAAGAGACAUGACAAUGCAGAUACAUAAGGCUAAUGUGCCGGCUAAAUCUUCUUCGGCAGAAGCAGAAGUGCCAGUGCUUCCUCCGAAACAAUUUAAAGGAGUUAUGGACACACACAGUACAUCUAGUGGAACGUCUGACAUGUCAGAUUAUAUCGAAACACUUUCAUUGACGUCAUCGCAUUCAUCUUCAGAUAACCCAAACUUGAGGUUGGCUCGGCAGCCUACGACAACGCUCCGACCACGAUCCGGCAAGGAAUACCACAAUCUGGACCCCAUCAUCACUUCCAUGUACAAAAGCGGGAAGGAACUGUCCAACUACACUAACUUACCCUAAAAUAAGAAAAAAGUAAAGUAGAAAAAGAGUUAGAAUGCAGAGUUUUGUAAACUGACCCUCAUUCUCGUAGAUUUUUGUUUUUGUGGAAUUGUUACCAAGAUUUAAAACAUUGAAUAGAAAGCUCUUUUGACAGACGAAGAAUUAUACAAUGAUUCAAUUCUAUACAACUAGAUGUUUGUUGCACAUUCAGGUUUUUAAGAGACGAACAAUAUUUAUAGUAAUAACACAUUUAUUUGUGACUGUCGAAAGAUCUUUUUAAUGCAUUUAAAUACUCAAUAGGAAUAUGUUUUGUUGAAUUUCGUUUAUCUGAGUCAUAGUUUUUGUUGAUUUAUAGUUUUAUAUUAAAAUCCAGUAAGUCAGACGAUUAAAUUUGAUCGAGAGAGAUGUAAAAAUUAAAGAAACAGAUAUAUUUAAUUAAAUAAAUAACUAUAUUGGAAAGGUAAACGUAGUCACUAAGCUAGAUUACAUUCACAAAAAUACGGUAAAAUUAGUAUUCCUUUAGUAUUUAAUUAUGAAACCAUGUUAUUAUACCAUAAAAUAACAACAAAUUAUUAGAAAUCUGGAUUGAUUAAGAAAUAGCUCAUGUUACGUUUGAAAUUUAUUGAACACAAAAGACUGAUUUUUAUUAAACAUUUUUACAUUUAUGUUACUUUAUUUCACACACGAAUCUAGUCAGAGAUUGUAUGAUAUAUUUAUUUAACUAAUAGAUGGUUGUAUAGAUGUAAAAAUAGGGUAUUAUUAUACAAUUUAUAAACAACGAUUACCGGCAGUACGAGUAGUGGUAGAUGUAAAAAUACAUUUUAUACGACAAUUUUCUUACAAUAUUUAUCCUUGUAAAAUAUAUCCUUUCAAAUCAUACUACUCAACAUAGUCCUACUGACAUAGUUAUUUGUGUCCUUCUUUAUGAAAAAGUAUGUAAUAUUUAUUGACGUCGAAAAAAUAUUUGAGAUUUAUGAAAUGAUUAUUGUAACUCUAAAUUUACCCUUAAUUCUUGGUUUCAAUAAUAAUUAUGAUGGUCUUUAUUAAGUGAAACAUUGGCACGUCUACUGGCAUCGAAAGCAUUCAGAAAAAUUAAAUUCUCCACAUUUUAAGAACGUAACGUACGAACGUAAGAAGAUAAGAGUAUAUAUUAAGGCCGGUAUCGUACUCACAACAGUCGAUUUGUCUGCUCAAUUGCCUCCUAUUUCAUGAAAAAAACUGCUUUUAAAUGCGUCGCCAUUCUUCUUGUACAUUCGUAGAGUGGUCCAUUGAGUGAACGCAUCGGUGACCAAUCGCACCUUGUGCUUUCAACUAUUCCUUGCACUUCAAGUCGUUCCACAUAUGUGUCAUUUCGACGUGUAUAUCUAAAGAAAGACGACACUGGACGAUGGAAGAAAUACGCAGUUUGGUACCAAGUUCCUGGAUGAUUGAGACGUUGAUUCGGAACUGUGUCCACGUUAUGCCAAACAUUCAACUCCAGCACCACAUUUGUAGAGCGCCGAUCUUCUCUUUUUCGCUUUCCCUUAAAGUCCAUGUCUCAGAACCGUAAAUAAAUAUGGGAAACACUAAUGCCCUGACCAUUUGAAUGUAUUUACGGGGGUAAAGUGUCUUCUGGGUGUUUCACAAACUUAGUUAGGGGUCAUCCAUUAAUUAAAUCACACUAUUUUCUAGGUUUUUUGACCCCUCCCCUCCUCCUUGUCACACAUGGUCACAUUUAACAAACCCCUCCCCCCUAGUGUGACGUCACAUUUUUGGCAAUUCUGUUUUCAACGAAAUCGGCAAAUAGAAUUAAUAUUUUAUCAAAAUAUUUUUGAUUAAAGAAAUAUUUGUAAUUUUAUAACCCAAAACUGAUUAGGAAAGAAAAUUUAAACUAAUAAAAACAAUAUCAUUCCAAUAACUUCUUAUUUUACUGUGCAGCGAAUAAAAAUCUUUAAUAAAUCUUCGGUUACUGAAGCUUAAAUUAAAGUGACGUCACAAAGUUUGUGACUCCCCCCUCCCCCUUGUCACAACAUGUCACAUUUUCUUGACCCCCUCCCUCCCCCUAAACGUGUGAUGUAAUUAAUGGAUGACCCCUUAGCUGACUAUCUAACAAUAAAGUUGCAUUCAGAUUCUUUUGAACAUUUGCUCCACUUAGUUACUUCUGCUCCUGUAGAGUAUAGGAAUUCAAUUUCUAUGCGUAUUCGUACAAUCACGUCUGAAAAUAUCGAUACGAAAAAAGUGCCGAAAAUAUGUAUACACUAACUAAAUAUAUGGGCAAUAAAGUCGUGUACACAUAUUUUUGGCACUUUUUUCGUACCGAUAUUUUCGGUCGUGACCGUAUCAUGUCACAGUGACAAUAUAAAAGCAGUCAGUGUCAAAGGUACGAAAUGGCACAAAAAUCAUAUUGCUUGAUCUAAAAUUAAAAGUUCUUAUUUUUUCUGAAUGCUUUUGGUGGAAUAAAUCAAUAUAAUCCGACUAAUUUUGCUCAACAAGGCAUUUCAAAGGCAAGGGACGAUAAGUGCAAUAUCAAACAUAGUAAUAGUAAAUUUUAUACUUUCAGUAGUACAUUCGCUAGUUCGUUCAUAUACCUACCGGUACUGUAUCCUCUAUGUAUACCUAUCUAUACAUAAUAAACUAUUAUAGAGAUUUGUACAACUGUAUUUUAUUAUCUCCUCAAAAAUCAACAGAUAUAUUUUACAAUAAGUUCCAAGAAAGUCAUUAGUACAGUCGCCAUCAGAUAUAUCAGAGCGGCCAAGGUACUCACAAAUAUCUGAACACCCCUCAAUUGUCAAGGAGAUAGAGUGUGCGUUCUGAUAGUUUUGAUCACCUCGGCCACGCCGAUAUAUCUGAUGGUGGCUUUACGAGCCAGGUUCGAAGCUGCGACCUUCUGUUUUAGAGCGCCUAGGUCACUAAUCGUGCCACGCGCGCUAGUCAUGCCAGCUGCAUU